CUCUUGCGCCGCCCGCCCGCGGGCAUGGCGACUGCAGGCAGCGCGGCCAGCCGCAGGGACCCCGGGCGACCCUGCCCUUUCUCCAUCGAGCACAUCCUCUCCAGCCUGCCGGAGCGCAGGCCCGCGACGCGGCCACCGCAGCCCGUCGGUGGUCGGAACCCCGCCGAGCUAGACGAACCCGAGGCGCCCGUCCCCGCUGCUCCUUGCGCCUGCUGCUGCUGCUGCAACCCGCGCGCUGCGACCCGCGGAACCCCGGAGACAUCGUCCGGGCCGGGCUUGCGGCUGGCGUGGCCGCUGAGGUUGGCGCCCGCCACGCCCUCUCCCUUGACGGCGCCUAGAGCAGGCUCCCCGGCGCUGACUGGCACGAGCGGCCCCGGCCCGCAGAGGCGCACGCGGCGCCACCGUACCAUCUUCAGCGAGGAGCAGCUGCAGGCGCUCGAGGCACUCUUCGUACAGAACCAGUAUCCCGACGUAGGCACACGCGAACGCUUGGCGGUCCGCAUCCGCCUGCGAGAGGAGCGCGUGGAGGUCUGGUUCAAGAACCGCCGGGCAAAGUGGCGACACCAAAAGCGUGCUUCCUCAUCGAGGCUCCUGCCUGGGACUAAGAAAACUCCCAAGGAGAGUUGUUGAUGCUGUCCGGAGUUUAUCUGGCUUUAUGAAGUAGAGCACAAGGAAGGAGGAGGGGGACAGACCUACCUGAACAGGAACUAACGCUGCCAGCACUGGCAGCCAGGGGAUCCAAAGCCGCCUUCUCACCCAUGAAGGGAGGGCAUGUGGGGCAGGAACCAGAGACCUCCUGCAGGUCAAGUGCAGACACAGAGCAGGUCAACUUCCUCAGCCACCCUCAGCACCUAGAGAAGCCCUAGCUCCAUGCAGGACGAAGAGCCUAACUCCCCACCUCAUGCCUGUCACCAAGACUGGCCUCUUCUCUGUCCUUCCACCUUCUUAUGCAAGGCAGUGGUGUCUGCUCAGCCCUGGGCGUACUCUGUCCUCACAGGCCCUGCACUUUAGGGCCCUGGUGUCAUGACCUGUGGAAGAAGAAGGUUGUAGUUGGUAGUUUCCAGAUUCCUGCAUCUGCUCCUUCACCUCAGCCUUGAGCUGAUGCCAAGAAAUAAACGAGAUCUUCAAAGACC